CCAUUUCUUAUCGAGGUCACAAAGGAGCAUUCUGAUUGGCUGAAUUUCAGCUAAAUCAAAGGGGUAAAGUGAGGAAGUGUUUUACGCCCUCUCUCCUUCAUUUGCCAUCACUUUGUAGUUUGUAUUGUGUGACAUAGCUGUUUGGCUUAGUUUUUCAGGUCUUAAACCACCGAAAUUAACAAAUAUUCAAAAUGUAUGUAGCCAGGAUAAUCGCCCCAGCUGUCAGAUCAGCUAUGAUGUCCAAUUCCGGAAACACUUUCGCCAGACCGUUGUCGAGUUUCCUUUCCCAAAGUCACUCGUUCAGCGCCAUGCAAAACAGCGCUGUUUCACAACAAAGUCAAAUCUCCCCAAUUGUUUCAUCUCCCGCUGUACGUGCUUUCCAAACUAGCGCCGUUUCUAGAGAUAUCGACUCCGCUGCCAAAUUUAUCGGUGCUGGUGCCUGCACAGUCGGAAUCGCCGGAUCAGGUGCUGGUAUCGGAUCAGUAUUCGGUUCCUUGAUCAUCGGUUAUGCCAGAAACCCAUCUUUAAAAGCCCAACUUUUCUCGUACGCUAUCUUAGGUUUCGCCUUAUCCGAGGCUAUGGGUCUGUUUUGUUUGAUGAUGGCGUUCUUGAUCUUAUACGCAUUUUAAAUUAUGUUUAGUCGUUAUGCGAAUUGUUAAGAAAAAAAAAAUCAAUGAGCGAGCGCUCGCAUCGAGUACGUUUAAACCUUUUAUAAAAAAAGAAUUCCAUUUCUGCGCUUUAAAGUAAUUUAAUGGUUAAACACGGUUAUGUAAAUACAUAUAAAAAAAUUGUAUUAGUUUCUGCGAGUACAUGAUAAAUCAGCUCUCAUCUUGAUCAUGUUGAUGAUUUUUUUGUUUCGUGAAAAAAAAAAAGGUUACGUUUGAAAAAGUGUAUUUAUCUAGAUGUUAAAAAAAUUUAUUCAGAAUAAGGUUUGAAUGUAAAAUAAUGCAAUAUAGAUAUUACUUGUUAAACCGUCA